UUCCGCGGAAAAUAUACUCCUCGAACUACCCCCUCAUAUACUCAUCAGUCACCUCGUCGGCGUGCACGAUCCCCGGCCGCUCCGGCCACCCAACCAGACCACCAUCCAACCAGCUCCUCCCUGCUGGGUUCUUGCUUGUUCCAGUACAUCGCAAUUUUUUCCCCUCAUGGCGGCGGCGGGGAACAACGAGCGGAGCCGGGUUCUGGUCAUCGGCGGCGCGGGCUACAUUGGCCGGCACAUCGUCGCCGCCAGCGCCCGCGAGGGCCACCCGACCGCCGUCCUCGUCCGUGACCCUGCGCCCGACGACCCCGCCAAGGCCGCCCUUCUCCAGGGCUUCCGGGAAUCCGGCGUCGCCCUCGUCAAGGGAGAUCUUUAUGACCAUGAAAGCUUGGUGGGAGCCAUCAAAUCCUCUGAUGUGGUAAUCUCGGCUGUGGGUUACGCACAUUUAGCAGAUCAAAUCCGAAUUAUUUCUGCUAUUAAAGAAGCUGGAAAUGUAAAGAGAUUCUUCCCUUCAGAAUAUGGUAAUGAUGUGGACCGUACACAUUCAGUUGAGCCUGCAAAGUCAGUGUAUGCUACGAAAGCUCGUAUAAGGCGUGCAAUUGAGGAUGAGGGGAUACCUUACACAUAUGUCUCCUCUAACUUCUUUGCUGGUCGUUUCUUGCCAAAUUUGGCACAGGUCGGCGUUAAAGGCCUUCCAAUCGACAAGGUUAUCAUCCUUGGUGAUGGAAAUGUAAAAGGAGUCUUUGCCACGGAGGAGGAUGUGGGCACCUACACUAUUAAGGCUGUUGAUGAUCCAAGAACCCUUAACAAGAUUUUGUAUCUGAGGCCACCAAGCAACAUUUUGUCUCACAACGAGCUCAUUUCACUCUGGGAGAAGAAGGUCGGCAAGACAUUUGAAAGGGUGUACAUCCCAGAAGAUAAUGUCCUCAAGAAGAUUCAAGAAUUCCCAGCGCCGAUGAAUUUUGUAGCGUCAGUCAGCCAUUCGGUCUGGGUGAAGGGGGAUCACACCAACUUUGAGAUCGAGCCUUCGUUUGGAGUUGAAGCUAUUGAGCUUUACCCCGAUGUGAAGUACACCACUGUGGACGAAUUCCUGAACAGCUUCCUUUGAAAUCUGUAUGAUAUCAUAUUAGGCUCCAAUAUUGAAAAUCUGUAUGAAAUCCAACCUGUUGAAUAAACAUAGCAAGUUGUGUUUUGCCAUCAGCACAAUUUGCUAGAGAACGCCCUAGAAUGUAAUCUAUAUCUAUAUCUAUACUAAUAUAAAAAGGAGGAGUUAGAAUUUUUUUUAUAGCCACACCACCAAAUAUACACAGAAUUU